AUGGACGUGUUGCCAUCACAGAGACAACCUCCUUCAUCUAGCAAAUCGUCUGGUUUAAGCGGUGGCUCACCAUCAACUGCCGCUGCCGUUGCUGCCGCGGCUGCGGCCGCUGCUGCUGCUACGUCAACUGGCGUGAACAAUCGAGAUCAGCAAGUCGAAAAGCUACUAAAGGAGGUUAAACAACUGAAGCAGAAAGUUGAUAUUCUGGAUAAAGAGAAUAAUGCAUUAAAGAAAAGUAUUUACGACCUGUCAGCGAGAUAUGCAGCUUCAAUAUCACAAGGUGGAUUAUCAUAUAGACCGGGCCCUUUCGUCAUAGACAGUCAGGAAAUAGAUUCAUCGAGCGUAUCUACAGUUAAUAAAAAGGCGCAAGAAAUGAUAUCCAAAGCAGUACAAGAAGCAGGUGGCGAUAUAGAGCCUUUUCAAUCAAUAUACCCUCAUGAUUCUCGAGAUGCUAAGACAUUUGAAUUGCGUUAUGAUUUGAAGGGACAUACUGGUGCUGUCUAUACAGUUGAAUUUUCACCCAAUGGUGCAUUAUUGGCGUCGGGUUCUUUUGAUAAGACAGUUCGUAUUUGGGACACUUCUGCUCAAAAAGAGAUUUUCUGCUUGAAAGCGCAUUCGUUGAAUAUUUCAGACCUAGCAUGGACUCCAGAUUCCACGAUACUGUUAUCAGGCGCCUAUGACGAAACCUGUAAACUUUGGGACAUAGAGAAUGGAGGCGGUAAAUUAACCGGCAGCUAUGAAACAGAAGGUUUAGUACAAUGUGUCGGUUGGGAUUUUGUCGACAGCAAUCUUUUUUAUUACGGUACCUCGAGAAAAGUAUUAGCCAUGGUGGAUGUUAGAUCAGAUGGAAACGCUUCUGUUAUUCGAAAUGAUAGUAUGAUCAAUGCUUUAUACACAUCGCGUGAUGGUAUUCAUGUUAUCACAGGCGAUGCGCAAGGCAUGCUGAAAACAUGGGAUAUGAGAUCAAGGCAAUGUAUUUCCUCCAAAUUAAACGAUGAAUCUAAAAUGCCUAUCACGCACAUUUCUAUCGGAAGACGUAGUACGGAUGCUUCAAGAAGAGCGAUUAAUGAUUAUGAUGAACCACGGUAUAUGGCUGUGAACAGUUACGAUAAUUUAUUACGUGUUUACGACCGAGGUAUUGAUCCUCCCAAAUCAGACCUUCGAUUGGUGCAUUCAUUGAAAGGAUUCAAGAAUAAGAACUGGCCAAUAAAGUCGUCAUUUUAUUGCGGCAGUGGUUAUAACUCUUGCAUAAUGAGCAAACCCUCUGUUAACGAUAGUUACGGUGAUUCCGAUCUACUACCAAAUUCAAGCGAUUAUUUAUUCGAGAAUACGGUCAGUCAAGAGCCGAAAGAGGAAAAGAGUGUCUUAUUAGCUACAGGCAGCGUGGACCCUUAUGCUUAUCUCUACAAUGUGGGUGAAGAUAGCGCAGAACUAAUGCAACAAUUGGAGGGACACACAGACCGUGUAUACGCUGUACAAUUUCAUCCUACAGAACCUAUUUUAGCUAGUUGUUCCGCUGAUUUCACUGUUAAAGUGUGGGGUCCAAGUUUAAAACAUAGAGGGAAAAAGAAGGCGACCUUAUAAAAAUUCUACAAAAAUUAUGACAACCUUUUUUCUUUUAAGCAACAUGUACAUAGUCAACACGAAAUAAAAGACGGGAAAUAAUACCAAAUGACGACGUUUUUCUUUUCAAGGGCUUUCUGAUUAUAUCUGAUUAUAAAACUCUUCUCUUUCUACUCUUACAAAAAUAAAC